GUAUUUUAAUAUGUGAGAAAUGUUUUCAGUUGGCAGAAUUGCUCUGCUGGAUUCCUCCCAGAAUGCAUCCGGGCUACCAGUGCAGAAUGACUCGUCCAGCUAAAACAGAUGCAAGUAUUUCAGUGGGAGGCUGCGAGUCCUCUGCUGGCAGGCGCUUAAUGCAAUAUGUGCCCCUAAGAUGAAGUCACAAACAUUGCAACUGUAGUCGACUCCCACUCGCCAGGCAGCACAGACAGGGCAUUAUGUGGAUGAGUACCAGCUGGUACCACGGGCUCCUCAUCCUCCUAGGGGACUUCAUUUGUUGGUGUGUCUGAAAUCAGGACAUGGAACUGAAAUCGAAGAUCAAACCUGUGAACGGUCUCCUUGGAUGCAUCGUCUCCAUCUGCUUUUGUACAGUUUGUCCGGCUCAAAGACUUUGCACGGUGCCUCCUGGUCCUGUGACUGUCCCAGAAAACAACACAGCUGACGUCCAGGUGGUACAAAUAAGCUCCAGUAGUGAUGUUACACUGAUGAUUACAGUGAACCCUGAAGAUCUGUUCUACCUAAAAGGGAAUACCCUGAUGAUAAAGAAAGGACUGGACUAUGAGUCACUGUCCAGUGCCACUCUGGUGGUGUGGGUGCAGUGUCGCAGAGCGGGCUCCAAGUCUGUGAAUGAGUCUGUUGAAGUUCUGGCUAAAAAUGUGAAUGAUAACCCCCCAAACUUUGUACAAAACCACUAUGUACUAGAAGUGAAUGAGCUCACUCCAGUCAACUCCAGCGUUGGGUUAAUAGAAGCUACAGAUGUUGAUUCAGUGCCGUUGUACUAUCGCUUAGAGUCUGCAACGGAUAAAUAUUUCCGCCUGGAGAACAUAAACACUCCAAAAAUAGUUGUUAAAAGCAUCCUGGACUAUGAUGUGGUACAAAAGAUCUCUCUGAUUUUGCAUGUACAGGAUACAUCCAGUGGUUCAACCUCCAGUGAGCCCUUCUUUACUUCUGUGGCCACCAUCACUGUGCAUGUGAAAGACGUUGACAACCGGCCGCCGUGGUUUCAGCCGUGUCUGAGGACAAACUCGGGAAUCGCCAAACUGUGUGUGAGCACUGGCUACAGAGGCAAAGUCAAUCUCACUGAGAAAGAGGAAGGGCCGUUGGUGCUGGAGCCCGGCCCUGUGUUCGCCAGGGAUGGAGACAAGAACAGGAGUGAGCAGAUCAGCUACAGAAUACUCCGAGGAAACGAAGGAAAUAUUUUCCAGAUUGACGAAGAAACUGGAAACAUUACCAUGGCUAAAGCUGCUGAUAUUGUUGGCCCAAUAACUCUCACUGUUCUGGCAUCACAGGUGACUAACAGGGAUCAGUUUGCAGUGACACAGGUGACCAUUGAGGUGAUGAAGAAGAGCAGGAACCCUCCUCGCUUUGAGAGAGAGCGAUAUGAAGGAUUUAUCUACAGCAACUCUGUACCCGAAAGCAUGAUCCUCCGAGACCGAAGCACCAACCGGCCCUUCAGGGUUCGAGCCCGGGACGAGGACUUUGCUAGUGGUGUGAAUCCAGAUGUGAGGUACGAGGUUCAGUACAGCAGCUACGUCAAUGUGACCUCGGACGGUUUUGUGAUCCUGAAAAGAGGUGUGAAGACAGAGUCUUUUGCCCUUCAGCUCAGAGCAGUGGAUACAACAACAGGGGAGUUUUCCACAGCUGCCCUUUCUGUUCAGGUCAUACCAGCUAUAGCCGCCCCAUCUCCCUCAAACAUCGGCUACCGUCCAGGUGACAUGGCGCUCCUGGGCCUGGUCAUGGCGGCUCUGCUGGUCCUCUGCCUCACGGUGAUCGGCUUCUUGGUUUCCCGCUUGUGGAAGGGAAACGCCAACAUGGACAAAAUAUGUGAGUGCUUGGCCCCCUGCCUGAAGUCCAACCAGCCACAGACCGGCCACAGGGACUCGCUGCAGUACACCAACAAUGGUUUCCAGAAUGAAGGUGACCAGAGCCGCGGUGGUGCCAGGAGAUGGAACAACAUUCUCCCUAGACGAAGCACCUUCCCCCAGGCCCGUGGGCGGGUCAUCCCCCUGGAGAGACGGAACCCCCACUGCUCUUCCUGCAGCAUCUACACUAACCACGUCCCUAAGGGGAGCCCCUCAGCAAGAGCUAUCAGGAGGGGCAGAGGAGAUGAGGAGGAGUAUGGCAUGAGGUCAAUCCUGACCAAGCAGAGGAGGAGGGAGGGUCAGAAGACAGUGUGGUUCAAGGAGAGCGAGGAUUCCUCUGACAUCGAGGUGGAGAUUAUCCCUGACACUGUGGGCCGGGUGGAGGAGGAGACUGAAGAGGAGAUGGAGGGGGAGGUGGAGAUGGAGGGGGUUGUCAGAGACCCGGGUGCCCCAGUGAGAGAGUCCCACAUUGGGCAGGACAGCCAGAGCCCAGAGGCCAGUGAGGAGCAGGACCAUGGAAAUACUAGCUCAGAAAAAGAGAAGGGAAAUCAGGAGCAGGAGGGCUAGCAGAGACCAGAGAAGGAAAACUGAGCAGAAUGUUUGUUUUCUGGUCACUUUUUGGAGACUACAGCACCACAGCUGAGGUCUCAGCAGCCCAGGGUGAUACUUCCAGCAACUCUGGAUAACUGCCAACUUUCAAGAACAGAUUGAAUGAUCAAUCAAGUAUUUUUGUACUGUGAGCAUCUUGGAAUCUAGUGUCUGAGGUAAAUAUAUUAUACAGUGUUAAAAAUAUACUUGUCACUAGUGUUGGCCAAAUACACGCUAUGAAAUAUGAAUAAUCUGUCAGAUUUUUUGUAACAUUUAUACUGAGGUGAGAUACCGUUAAAGGAUAACUCCUUAUAAUAAUCUGUUAUGUCUGCAGUUAUAAAUGUUAAGUUGUAAGGUUAAUUGUCAUGGUCUACCUGGUGAUGCAAAGACACAGCUAAUGUGGUUCUUAUUAUGGCUUACAUUUGAUAAGGCAUUUGUAAAUGAUUUAACAUUAAUACACAGCUAUAAAGGUUGCCUCAUUGAAAGUGGUAACAGGUUAUUUUAAUAUUGAAUUCACAAGCUUUGUUGCACCAAUGUGAUGCUGUACAUUGAUUUAACAGGUAUAUAGACCAAUUCACUUAACUAGACAAAAGCAGACAGACAUUCUCAUGUGGUUGUUACAUUUGUGUAUAAACGAUGGCUCAAUCGAAUUUCCAGGAAACCCAUGUUUAUUACAGGACAAGCAAUACAUCAGUAGUGUAACAUAACAUUACAUAUGCUCUAACAAAUUUUGAUCGUAUCACCCAGUCCUGCUGUGUCACCUUCAGUCAGAUUAAGACAGGAGCCAAAAACCACUGAGUGAUCGUCUGCGGUGGCGGUGUGGUCACUGUAGUGAUGCUGUGACUCCUGUCUCAUCCACUCAGCACACAUUAUGUACGAGCUUCGUUACACUUAACCAGUUGAGUCUGGAAGUCAGUGGAAAAAUAAACGCUACCAGUCACAGACUCAGGCCGCUUCAAGUCUGUAUGCUAAGAUAACCAGCUGCAGCUUCAUAUUUAACGGAUAGAUACAAUUUCCCAUUCAAUUCUCUGCAAAAAAAAAAAAAAA